AUGGACUUUGUACUGGGCCCAACCCAGCUGAUUCAUGACCCAACAAAGCUCUUCCAAUGCCCAAAAGAAUUGGCAGAGGAGCAUUAUAAGGAUCUCAAGACCAAGUCUUUCUUCCCUAAGCUGAUUGAGUACAUUACUUCAGGUCCAGUUGUGUGCAUGGCUUGGGAGGGUGUUGGUGUUGUUUCGUCGGCACGUAAGCUUAUAGGGUCUACAGAUCCUCUUCAAGCUAACCCUGGCACAAUAAGAGGGGACCUUGCUGUUCAAACAGGAAGGAAUGUGAUUCAUGGGAGUGAUAGCCCCGAGAAUGGCAAGCGUGAAAUAGGUAAUAUCAUCUUAUGGUUAAAAUUGAUCUUUCCUUGA